CCGUGACGUAAUUUUCCCAGAAAUACACAGUUCGCGCUCAGUUCGCUCUUUGUGCUAAAUUCACGUUGCCGAAGUGGAUGUUACUUUUGAAGUGUUCCACCGUUGCGUUCACACCCGACAUAUUAUUGGGGCAUUCGAGACUUCCAGUUAGUUUUUCCUAUAUUCAAAGCCACAAGAAAACAAAAGGGGGCACUUUCUCAAUGUUGUUCAUGCACAAGCAGCCAAGCCUGGCUUUAAUUUCAGUUUCGGUUCUGCUUCGCGGUGACCUAGUUAUAGCAUAGCAAAAGGACCUAGUUAGUUAAGCUAUUAUGAACGACGGUGGUGUGAAAGAAUAUCUUGAACACAACUUACGCACGGCACAUAACACGCUGUUGGUUGCUACGUAAGGUAAGGCAAUAUAUGUUCGGGAAUUUUUUAUGGCUAUGUUGGGUUUUAUCAACUCUUCAAGUUUUGUUGUAUGGCUUUUGUUUAAAGUGACAUUGCGACAGAUUGUUACACUUUUACAUUUUCUUCCCUUCUCUCAACAUAGGUUUGAAAAAUUAAUGCUGUUUUGUUUUUUUUGGUGUUUUUUUUACACCUUCACGAAUUCACCAAAAUUUUAAAUUUAUGAUCUUAUUAGAAAAUGACUAGAUAUUACAUAACAGUUCUUAGAGUAAAGCAUAUUUUAGAAUACAUUUCUAAUUACUUUUCAGCAAUCAUUUUUAAGAUGUAAAUGUUAGUAAAUUUCCAAGUGUAUUUUCAUACCUAUAUAUUUAGAAAUAAUAUAUGUGGCUGAUUCUUACGAGUCAUCCCGAGAAGUCGUUGCGUGUUUAUUCAAUUAUUGUGCAGGAUUCAUUCCCCUUUGUUUAUUUUAUUUGUUGGAGUAAGUGCUGAUGACAUGUUUUGUAUUAAUAUUUAAUUGGUUGAUUAUUUAUAAUUUCAUUCAAGUGUAUGCAUUCACUUAAUGAAAUCUGCGUUCGAAAGAGAACAGCUGCAUGCUACCUACCCUAUGGCACAGCUGCAUGCUACCUACCAAGUGGCACAGCUGCAUGCUACCUACCCUAUGGUACAGCUGCAUGCUACCUACCAAGUGGCACAGCUGCAUGCUACCUACCCUAUGGUACAGCUACAUGCUACCUACCCUAUGGCACAGCUGCAUGCUACCUACCCUAUGGCACAGCUGCAUGCUACCUACCCUAUGGUACAGCUGCAUGCUACCUAUUAAGUGACACAGCUGCAUGCUACCUACCCUAUGGCACAGCUGCAUGCUACCUAUCCUAUGGCACAGCUGCAUGCUACCUACCCAGUGACACAGCUGCAUGCUACCUAACAAGUCGCACAGCUGCAUAGCACCUACCCAGUGGCACGCUGCAUGAUACCUAUAAGAGGCACAGCUGCAUGGUACCGAACCAGUGGCACAGCUGCAUGCUACCUACCUAGUGGCACAACUGCAUGCUACCUACCAAGUGGCGCAGCUGCAUGCCACAUACCAAGUGGCACAGCUGCAUGCUACCUACCAAGUGGCACAGCUGCAUGCUACCUACCCAGUGGCACAGGUGCAUGCUACCUAUCCAGUGGCACAGGUGCAUGCUACCUACCCAGUGGCACAACUGCAUGCUACCUACCCAGUGGCACAGCUGCAUGCUACCUACCCAGUGGCACAGCUGCAUGCUACCUACCAAGUGCAGUUGAAAAUAACCCCAGAAACAGGUCGGGAUCUGAUGACAUGUUGCUUUUAAUGUGUGUGAGGCAUGGGUGGGUUGUGGCAACCCAUGCCGACGAUUCUAUCAUACAGCCUGUGAGGGUACUGUCCAUAGGCAACCGUUUCGUCCCAGCUACAAUGUGACAUAAUCACAAAGUAAAAACCACGUGUAAAAAACCCUAAAAGAGGGCGAUUGCCGCCUCCCCUGGAUGGGACGGCGUGUUUUUAGGGACGUUAUAAUAUAUCCAUCCCAGCUUCAAGAGAGUUCAACAGCUGGUGCUGUGAAAGCAGCACCACCAACCGACCAGUUGAUGUGAGAGCAGCACCACCAGCCGACCAAGUGUUUCCUGGUUGAUGCUGCCCAAUCCAAAGUCUAUCGAGUGGAAGGCGGGAUGGGGGACUGCCUCAGAGGCGAAGUGCCUCCGGCGUGUCGUUUCGUGGCCUGUCCAGUUAGCACCAUUCGGGUGUUGGGGGAGGAGUGGGUAUGUCGGGGAAGACCCAAUCAGCUCUGGCUCAACGCUCUUCUGUUUUUUUUAAAUAUUAGUAUUAAUUGCACAAAUUAUAAAAUAAAGGUGUGACUUAAUACAUUUAGUAAAGUGUUAAAAUAUAUGAACCAUACCAUAACGUAUAGAUAAUUUACCACCACCUCCCUCCCCUGAAUGCCAUCUCGAACCCUUGGGUGUUAUAUGGCUUAAAUCACUAUACUGUGUUUAAAAUCCCAGUGCAAGCCUACUCCAUUCUGUUUUCAUAUUUUCGGUUAUAUGCGCAAAAAACAACCUGAAGACACCUUGACAUAACACACCAACACGUGCACCUCACUCCCCCCCCCCCACUGCCGUUUACGUUACUGGUCAUCAUGAUUUGGGAAUCAAUAUCAGUGUUCUGACAUAAUGCCUAAAGAUUGAUUGAUCUAUUUGCCUUACAUCCUGAGCCCAACAUUGCGAUGCAAAUCUUGAUUGGCCUCCACGAAAUCCACUUGUUAUCUUCAUUGCCAGCGGCACGAACCAUUCUCAAAUCUAUCUGAAAGUGCAAGAUAUUCAAAUAUGAAGUGUUCUACGAAACUCUUUUGAUUUGACUUCAUUACUAAUCUCGUUACGAUUGGACCCCGGCCAAAAGAGGGGGGGGGGGCGGGCUGAUUGCAAAGACGUCUCCUUUUCUGCUUUACCUUUUAUUCAAAUUAUCAUCUUUUCCAACAGUUAGAGAGGAUUAGAUUCCCUGAGGGGCAUUUAGUAAGGGAGGUCGCUGCCGAAUAUGACGCAUUUAGUAUUAGAGAUGAGCACACAUAACACUGACCUGAAGAGGAAGGAGAGCAGUGAUCAAAUCUGAUACUGAAAGUCGGUUUCAGUUUCUUUCCUUUUCCACGCCCACAAAACCAAAACUAACUGAACAUGCUACUAGAGUAAGGGCCGUGGGGGGGGGGGUGCUACCUUAAAGAAAUCAGAUCAAUGUAGCACAUGCAGUGGGUCAUAUUGGCCAAUAAAGAGUGCGCAUAUUGAUUUUAAAACACAAAAAGCCCGGAAACUUUGUACUCACAUUUUCAAGUAAAUUUCAAAUUCUGUCUAUGGGAGGGUCAACUGAGAAAGGAUCUAUGGAUAAGGCAAUAUGUGAAAGGCUGCCAAUGGUCAAUAUAAAUUUUUGUAGGUAGAAUGUUCAUUGUGAAAUGAUGUAUGUAGAGCAUAGUCCUACCGAUUUUCAGUUUCGGCGAUGCAUGUUAAAUCCAGUGUAUGUUAAGUGAUGAUUGCUAAAGCCAGUGUAUGUUGAGUGAUGCAUGCUAAAGCCAGUGUAUGUUGAGUGAUGCAUGCUAAAGCCAGUGUAUGUUGAGUGAUGCAUGCUAAAGCCAGUGUAUGUUGAGUGAUGCAUGCUAAAGCCAGUGUAUGUUGAGUGAUGCAUGCUUAAGCCAGUGUAUUUUGAGUGAUGCGCGCUAAAGCCAGUGUAUGUUGAGUGAUGCAUGCUAAAUUCAGUGUAUGUUAAGUGAUAAUUGCUAAAGCCAGUGUAUGUUGAGUGAUGCAUGCUAAAGCCAGCAGUGUAUGUUGAGUGAUGCAUGCUAAAGCCAGUGUAUGUUGAGGGAUGAAUACUAACACCACUGUGUGGAUUACUGCUUAUGACACACUGAUGAAUAUUUUUUGUUAUAUAGUUUAAUUUAAUUUUUUUUUCUAUUAUAUAAUUAUAAAAUCUUUAAUAAAAAAGUUUGAAAAAAAAAAAAUCUAUUUUUGAACUUCAAAAUAUAUCCACCGUAGGUUUACUAUCGAAGAAAAAUAAUACUUCAAAUAUGUAAACAAACCACUUCUGCUGAAGGCAACGCAUGCGCAGUGACUGAAAUGUGAAGGGUUGUGCCUGUAAGUUGCUAGCCGCUAUACUGCAACUCUAAAAAAAAACCCCGUGAAAAUGUAACACGCGGUCACAGAAAUCUCAGUAUGUCAGUAACAAACCCAGAGCUCGAACGUGUCUUUAGCUUACCUGUGAUGUACGUCAUGUAUUAACUUACAUAUGGGCGGGAAAACCCAUGGAGAUCAAAAUGUCCUUCUUUCAUAAAGUAGGUCAUAUCAACAGGGACAUAAGUGUAGAGUAAAGUAGACUAUAUACGAAUUAGAACAUUGUUAGCUAAAUUGGGGCUUAACCCCCAACCCCCCACCCCCACAUUGAAGGGCAGUAUGAAGUAUACGAUGGUACAUUUUAGUCUGAUUGGAAAUGUGUUUACUUUUCAAAAGGAGGGCCAGGGCUUUGCUUUGAGGAGGGGGGGGGGGCAUUAAACUUAUUUUAGUGCUCUAAUGGGGCGUAGGAAAAAUAAGUUUAGGAAUCACUGUUUAAGAGCUGUUGAACCCCCUCCCCGGUGAGUAUGCAGGGUGUCUGCCAGUCUUACAUGUGCCUGGAAGGUUCUCUCACACGUGGCUACUUUGCGUCAUUGCAUGAUUUGAGUCGAUUGCGAUUUUCCUUGCCGUGCUCUUUCUUUGGAAGUGAGAAUAUUGAGAACAUGUCAAAAAACAAAACAAAAAACACAACAAAAUGAUCAUGAUUUUGAAAUGCUCUUUAGAUAUCAUCAUUAUUUUUAAAGAAUCAGAUACCGUAAGAUAAUUUUUUAACAUUCACUAAAUAUUCUGUUAAAAUUAAUAAUAGACGCCGCUUGGUAGACUAAAAUUUAAUUUUGUGUAUGUGUGUGUGUGUGUGUGUGAGAGAGAGGAGAGAGAAAGAGAACAGACGUGAUGAUUUAAUUUAUUGAUAACUCAAUAUUGAACUAAUGAGAGCAGACGUCAUGAUUUAAUUUAUUGAUAACUCAAUAUUGAACUAAUGAGGGCAGGUAUAUCUUUUUAAAGAAAAGAUUCAUCCUACACUCAUUAUCUAGCACAUUAAUUAUUCUCCCCCUCUACCAGAAAGAUCGCUUUCAAUUUACUAAUAAUUUAAAUUCAGGAAGUAUAAACGAAUCCAACAUUGUGUUUUAAAUUGUAUUAGACCAGGAAUAAGAUGACGGACUGGUGUGUAACAGAAAUACAAUGUCACGCGUGCUGGUGUGUACUAAUAAGAAUCAUAAAUUGACAUCAUGAUUAGUAAGCCCUGACUACAAUUGCAACCAUCGUCCAAUCACAUUGCUUCAUGUUCUUGAUUGCCCUACGACCUUUUCUCCCCACCCCACAUAGCAAACAAAUGUUCAAGUUCCCAUGUGGAUUUUCUUUAAAAUAAAAACUUCGGAAAUUAUAAAUUUAAAAUUGUCUUGUGAAAUACAUAGAUUUAUUAAGUUUCAAUCAAUCAAAUUAAAUGAUACCCAUAUCCCUAAAAAAUUACCUAAUAACAUUUAAAGUUAGGGGCUUUUUAUGUUUAAGAUCAGUCUACCAUUUUAAGUGUUGUUUUUUUAACGGGAAAUGUCUUUUUAUACAUUAUUGAUUAGAGCCCAACAAAAAUUACAUUUAUUAUUAAAUUGAUCCAAUAAAAAUACGAAAGAAAAGUAUGAAUAUAAAACCAAGUUAGGAAAAGAAGUUUGUCAUCCUAAUCAAGAGCCGCACAUUUCUCUAUGUUGUCGAAAGAGAAUGUUUGAUUAGGACCAACCAGUAAAUCAAAAAUUUGAUCUUUGAAUUGAUACUAAGUUCAUGUCUUGGUCAAAUAAAAAUGGUUGAAAUAAAAAUAAAUGAACAUUGGAAUGACCAUUGAUCUAUCACAUACGUUAUGGACAUGGGUCACUGGUUGAGACCCACUGCAUAUUACCGAACUUUUAGAACCAUGGGAAAGUGGUAGACAGACACACGACUUAUCACUGAUAGAUAUAAGAAAGUGGUAGACAGACACACGACUUAUCACUGAUAGAUAUAAGAAAGUGGUGGACAGACACACGACUUAUCACUGAUAGAUAUAAGAAAGUGGUAGACAGACACAAGCUUUAUCACCAAUUGCCAGAGGACAGUGGCCACAUGACUUCUAUACAGUGUUGUGGGCCAUAGUGCAGGUCUUAGAGGGAAACAAGACCAAGUGCAGGUCUUGACGUUGAAGUACCUCUUAUAUGGGAGUACGUGCUUCUAGUGCGUCCUGCUUCCUCUUCAAAACCGCCCGCCCCCCCCCCCCAUCUUUACAUGUUUGAUGUUAUUAGUUCUGAGUAAAAAAAGUUUGUCACGCAUUGAGCUUCAUGCGUGUUGGUCCAGUAAAUUCGAGGAUUGUUGUCUUUAGGGGGGAGGCGACUGUUAUAGUAAUUAAUGAAGAACCAGAAGUAUGGCGUGGGACUUCUGUAGGACUAUAUGUAGCACUGUCUAUAGGACUGUCUGUAGGUCUGUCUGUAGGACUGUCUGUAGGACUGUCUGUAGGACUGUCUGUAGGACUAUUGUUUAAAAGGCCUACACGUAGGGUGUAGGACUGUCUGUAGACCUUUUAUUUAGAGGCUGGCAUAUAUGAUAGAAAAUGAGAAGUUAACUCUUGGUCCCACCGGAAUGUUCCCAAAAUACCCGGAUACGUUGUUGAAAACUGCGCCUGUUUAAGCCCUAGUUGGAAUAAUUGGGACAAAAUUAGACCGGGGAAAUUCUGAAUCCUGUCUUCAAGCUGAUAUAAGUUACAAAGAUGUCAAGGAAAUUCAACCAUGAACAUCAUCUAUGGGCGCUUAUCAACAUGAACAUCAUCUAUUGGCGCUUAUCAACAUGAACAUCAUCUAUUGGCGCUUAUCAACAUGAACAUCAUCUAUUGGCGCUUAUCAACAUGAACNGAGGCUGGCAUAUAUGAUAGAAAAUGAGAAGUUAACUCUUGGUCCCACCGGAAUGUUCCCAAAAUACCCGGAUACGUUGUUGAAAACUGCGCCUGUUUAAGCCCUAGUUGGAAUAAUUGGGACAAAAUUAGACCGGGGAAAUUCUGAAUCCUGUCUUCAAGCUGAUAUAAGUUACAAAGAUGUCAAGGAAAUUCAACCAUGAACAUCAUCUAUGGGCGCUUAUCAACAUGAACAUCAUCUAUUGGCGCUUAUCAACAUGAACAUCAUCUAUUGGCGCUUAUCAACAUGAUCAUCAUCUAUUGGCGCUUAUCAACAUGAACAUCAUCUAUUGGCGCUUAUCAACAUGAACAUCAUCUAUUGGCGCUUAUCAACAUGAACAGCAUCUAUUGGCGCUUAUCAACACUUACCAGCCAAACAAAACCCAACGUCCCGGAAAUUGAAUGUUGAUGCCAUAAGAUCUAUGUCAAAUGUAGAUGUUGAUGCCAUAAGAUCUAUGUCAAAUGUAGAUGUUGAUGCCAUAAGAUCUAUGUCAAAUGUAGAUGUUGAUGCCAUAAGAUCUAUGUCAAAUGUAGAUGUUGAUGCCAUAAGAUCUAUGUCAAAUGUAGAUGUUGAUGCCAUAAGAUCUAUGUCAAAUGUAGAUGUUGAUGCCAUAAGAUCUAUGUCAAAUGUAGAUGUUGAUGCCAUAAGAUCUAUGUCAAAUGUAGAUAGUAUGAUAUUGCUCGUGUUUUUUACAAUGUCAUAAUAAAUGUUUACAUCCAUCUAAAUGAAUAUUAUAAUUGCCUGCUAUGAACGCCAUGCUAACAUAGUAUUGGCAUGGACAUCUCGUAAUUAAAAUAUGAAUUCCAUAAUAUUGGGAUUAAGAUAAGAUUUGUUUUCUAUGUCAUCCCAUGAAUAAAUCCCCGGAUUUAAGUGUUAAGACUGCUCGUUGUAAUCUACUCAAUACGGUCUACACACAAGUGUUGAACGUAAGAGUUUCAGUAUGAAGCCAUCUGGUUAUGAAAAGGAAAUUCAUUACCAUUAAGCCUCAAGUAGCCUAGUAAGGGAAUAUCAAGAAACAAAACACACUUAUAUUACAAAAAGUAAGUGUACAAAUCAAAUGUGAAAAUCUAACAUUAGGAACUAUAGAAAGCAUCAGCAGACAAUAGAAGAUUCCCCUGUUGCAGUAUAAUUAAAAAAAACAAACACCUACUCAAAUAUACGUUCGUGAUGAUCUCCAAAUAAUCUCAAUGCCUCCUACGUCAUUACAUAGAGGAAAUAAACAGAGCAAAUUUAGACUGACUUCAAUAAUGGCAUUGCUUUCAGCAUAACUAGUCUAUUAGGUCUAGCUGUGAUUCCAAAGCACCUUGCCACCCGAGUCUGGUCGUCUUCUGAUUAGUGAUACAUAGAACUAAAUACAACAAAAUACAUCAGCUUGGAAUAAACAAGUUUUGAUUGAUUUAUUUAAUUACCCGAUGUUUUUAUUUUCGAAAACACAAAAUUCGUUCUUUCUUUAUUAUAAUCUAUUUGUAGCAUGGUAUAUUGUCGAUACUGUUAUAAUAGAACAAGACAAGUUUGUCUGUUUAAAAUGUAUUUGUUUUAAAUUCCUCUGGCCUAAACAUACAAAGGAUAUCGCUGAUAAAGAGAUGAGACUGUUUAAGCUCUUUCUUUUUAUGAACGAAGAUAUUGAAACGUAAAUAUUGUAUAGUGGAAUUUGAAGGAGUUGGUUCAUUUCUUCUUCUUCUAUAUCUUAAGGGCCCACGAUCAAUUUUUUGAUCAUUUUGGCUCCUAUGCAUGUAGAUGGGAUUUGCAAUGUUUCUGUUACUGGUGUUGAUGAGGGUAAAGUGAAGAUAGCCCCCCUUAACUGCAAGUUAAUACUGGGCUAAUAAAAAUAUCGGUAAUUUCCCCUUAAAAUUUUGUUCACAGUGCUCGUGAUCUCUGCGUGCGCGUGAUGUUGGGGACAUUCAGACAGGGAAAGGACAUUUUCAAUAUAGAAAAAAACAAUUUAAUCGUGUUCAGAUUUAUGAAAGUUUAAAAAUAAAGCUAAAACUUUGUCCCCGUUAAAAUAAAGACAUCGCUAAAAAGUUAGAAAAUAAGCCAUCUAUUUAAGCUAUUUAAAAGAGCGAUCACAAUUUUUUUUUUUUAAUUCAUCUUCCUCUCACCCCCCCCCCCAACCCGUUUGUCAUUUCACAGACCGGAAAACAUUUGAGACGUCGGACAAACAUGCCUUAAAACAUGGCAGCUUAUUGUGUGUUUCAGCAGAGCGGUCGGCCGAUCCUUGUAUCUGUCUAUUUCUCAAACAUCUGCUAGGGUGAUGUUGUCUUCCAUCUUUUCCAGCUAGCUAUUAUCUCCUAGAAGUAUAUUGGCCUGUGUUGUUUAUAGUUGCAAGGGAUGAAAGAAUUUGAAUGGGUUUGGCUCGUUUGUAGUGUUUGUAGUGUUGCGUUCUGUGUUUUAAUGUUAUAUAAUAUAGAUUGUUUCAUUUCUCUUUUAAUAUGGUUGACUUUGUACCGCGCUUCGAGCCUUUGGGGAUGAAGCGUGUUUUUUUAAAAAAUAAACUUUAUUAUUAUUAUUAUUAAUUAGGUCCCAUUACACAAAAAAGCAGUAAAAAAAGUGUAAAAUAUAGUUGUAAAGUACCCGGAUAAUUACAUCAGUUCUAAUAAUAGAUUUCCAUCAUUAAAAGACACGUCUAGUACAACGCACUUCCCAAAAGUCUCCCAGGUCUGACCUAAUGAAAGGUUCUCCCCCCCCCCCCCGUGGGGUAAACCCGUGUUUUUUUAGCCAUCCAUUUUUUUUUCCCACACCCCGAAAAAACCAAUAAUUUUAAAAUAAGCUGCUAAAUUUAGAUGUUUGUAAUUUUUGUAGUGGUUGACCUGUUCACUAAAGACGAUAUCACGUUCAACCUGCAGACGCAUCAUUCACUUUUUGUUUCGGUAAACCAUGGCAGCUAUUUUUAAACUAAGCAGAAAGUCCCCACAACUUUGACUUAAAUGGUAGGUGAACUGUGUAAGGGGAAGCGAUUAGGAACGGUUCAGAUAUGACGUUACACACUUCCUCCUUCAAGCCUUGGGAUUUCCGAGUGUUAAAACGAUCUCUACUGACUGUGUGACUGUGUCUUACCCACGAGCUGUGUUGUCAAUGAUAUAAAUAAUGGCUCAUCUUCCGUUAUAAGGAUAACUGACUGUGAUAACAGCAAUCAGCCAAUCAAUCCACGGGUAUGUUAUAGUCUCGUUAGCUAGCUCAUGACGUUUCCCACUAGUUUUAGUUGUCAUUGGAUCAAAUAUUGUCCAGGUACGGUGCUGAAUUUUGAUUGUCUAUGUAUGAGGCUCUGUGCAAAAAGUUAUACUAGUAUUGAAGCUAUUUUUAUUUUAUAUAUUGAACAAUGUAUUAAUAUAACUUUAUAACACUCUUGUAAUUUCCUUGACUAUAUACACUCUUUGUUUAAAUUAUGUUGACAUGAAAUAUACGUAAACAUGGCUAAUAUUAUGAUACAAUAGCUAAAUCAUUAUAUGUUUUGUGCUACAUAAUGUCAUGGUACUUUUGUCUCUUUUCGAUAUGAUCAAUUCUUUGCUGAAGUAUUCAUGUUUGUUAUGCAGUGGCGUAUCUAUGUGUUAGGAGACCACCGACAAGAUUCUGAAAUUGAUUAUUUUCAUCCAUAAAAUACAAUCAGGACCCCUUUCGGCGCCUUAACUAGUCUGGCGCCUUAACUAGUCUGGUGCCUUAACUAGUCUGGCGCCUUAACUAGUCUGGCGCCUUAACUAGUCUGGCGCCUUAACUAGUCUGGCGCCUUAACUAGUCUGGCGCCUUAACUAGUCUGGCGCCUUAACUAGUCUGGCGCCUUAACUAGUGAGGCGCCUUAACUAGUCUGGCGCCUUAACUAGUCUGGCGCCUUAACUAGUCUGGCGCCAGGGGGAUAACUAUUUGUUUAGUCUUCAGGGGGUUCUUUACUUUCCAGUGGUUGUGUAGUCAGUAUCCAGUGUUUGCUUAGUCUCCAGUGGAUGUUUGUCAUUUAUCCAUUCUUUGGUUAGUUUCCAGUUGUUAUUUGAUUUAUUCUUCAGUGGUCGUUUAGUCUCCAGUGUUUGUUUAUUUAGUAGCCAGGAUUUGUUUAGUCUCCAGUGUUUGUUUAUUUAGUAGCCAGGAUUUGUUUAGUCUCCAGUGUUUGUUUAUUUAGUAGCCAGGAUUUGUUUAGUCUCCAAAGGUUUGUAAAGUCACCAGUGUUUGUUAAGUGUCCAGUGGUUUGUUUAGUCUCCAGUGGUUUGUUUAGUAUCCAGUGUUUUUUUGUUUAAUAUCCAGUACUUGUUUGUUAAUUUCCAGUGAUUGCUUACAAUCCAGUGUUUGUUUAGUAUCCAGAGUUUAAUCACCACUGGUUAGUUUAGACCCCACUUUUGUUCAGUCUCCAGUGGUUGUUUUUGUCGUAUAGAGUGGUUGAUUGUUCAGUCUCCAUUGGUAGUUUUUGUCGUAUCGAGUGGUUGUUUGUUCAGUCUCCAGUGGUUGUUUUGUCGUAUCGAGUGGUUGUUUGUUCAGUCUCCAGUGGUUGUUUUUGUCGUAUCGAGUGGUUGUUUGUUCAGUCUCCAGUGGUUGUUUUUGUCGUAUCGAGUGGUUGUUUGUUCAGUCUCCAGUGGUUGUUUUUGUCGCAUCGAGUGGUUGUUUGUUCGGUCUCCAGUGGUUGUUUUUGUCGUAUCGAGUGGUUGUUUGUUCAGUCUCCAGUGGUUGUUUUUGUCGUAUCGAGUGGUUGUUUGUUCAGUCUCCAGUCUUUGUUUGCCUCCUAGUGGUUUCCUCUAUAUUUGAGGGCCCACAAUCAAUGUUUUGAUCAUUCUGGCUCCUAUGUUUCAGAGGAGUUCACGUGUAACUGUGCGUGGUUUGUUAGUAUCCAGUGGAAAUAUUUGUUUUUUUAUGAUCCUAUUUGUUCUACAUUUUGAGUUUGUUGAUCGGUGGUCCACAUUCCUGAGGUCCACUAUUAUUGUAAGAUAACAUUAUCUCGAUUAUGUGUCAAUUUCUGAUGUUCAGGUGGCUUAUUGCUCUCCAUCUAUGAGUCAUUACAUAACCAGCUUUACCCACAGCCCUAAACUUUAUACUAGACAAUAGAAAAUUAGGCAUAAGUAGUUUUUAAUCAAGCUCACCAGUUGAUCUAGUUCCGUUCAUAGAUUUAUGAAAACCAAACUAACUCUUGAGGACGAAGUCAAAGCGCUUCCUAAUUUGUUCUCUCAUCGAGCAUCAUUCAAAAUGUCUUGUUAAUUUUCUAAAGACAGAAAGAUUUAGUUUGGGUCUUUGAACAAAAAGCAAAGCAAAAAAGACAAAAUCGGGAUUGCCUUGACAAUAUUAUAGAUUCCUUAUUAAAUGUGUUUAUUAUAUUAUAAUCGAAAUUAUAAAAGAUUAAGUACUAUUAUAAUGAAACAACCACACGUACUACACUAGUGUACCGUAAACGAUAACAUAUACAGUUACAAACACAGGUACACAGUUAUAAUACCACUAACAGUAACAAGAAAGUCAGUUUUUUUUCUGUUUGCCCUGAAAUCAUUUUUACGUUAUCCAACAUUUCCAGAUCGUGUGCCUAUCUGAAAGAUAUCUCAUCAUGUUUCAUUCCUGUGAUUAAUCCCUUUCCAAGGAAUUACUGAUAUCUCACAGGUCUGAUAUCCAUUGAAAUAAACAUUGAUUUACCGGCAAUACGCUUCACUAUCAGGCUUAGUAUUAAGUUCACACAGCUUCCAUCAUUCUUUUUAGAACAGAAGUGUUUUUUAAUCACUUCAAAAAACACAAAAGACGCCUUUAAAAGGGAACGCACAUGUUCAGUGAUCUGCACGAAUCCAAUAUUACUCUCAAGUUUCCACCAAACAGCUUUCCCACCAACCACCAGUUGACACCAACCAUCAGUUGACACCAACCAUCAGUUGACACCAACCAUCAGUCCCCACCAUGCCCGCCAGACCGUGUUUCAACGAGUCGCAGGUCAAUCUUCUUAACGGUCACGGCCGCUCACGAGAAGGCAGUGACAGCUCGUCCAUCCUAAGCUCCAGCUCCAACAGCUCCGGGGCGUCGAUACGCUCCGGCUCCACCAACUAUCCCCCCGUCAGCUACUGCUCCCGGUCGCAGCAGAUCGUAAACGAAGUCAACACGUUUUCCCCCCCUCCCGUGGAUCGACCCGAGACGGGGCGUGUUCCGCUUCCGGAAUAUCGUCGUCAAGCACCACCAUCACCUCCGACAGCCCCGCGAGUGCCCCAAAAACCUGUUCAACACAGGAGCCAGCGAGGCAGUCAUCACAGACCCCAGUGUUUGCUCAGACGCAGGACGCUCAUCUUACUGAGCGCGUUUUCCUUUACUCUGAGCAUCACGGCCGUAACUCUACUGGCCGUCAUCUUCGCCAACCAGAGUUCUCUCUCUUGGGAGGACAACACAUUCCCGGACGGCCGCUACGAGGUGUGUAUAGAGUGCAUCAAGUUGAUGCAGAAUCCAGACGACAAGGACAGCCCAUUGAUGCAGCAGCUGAUUACCAAAGUGGACAAGGGCCGGCCCCCGAGCUGCUGUGCGCGCACCAGCGGUCAGAUCUCUGCACUGGUCCAACUCGUAAGUAUCUCUUAAUGUCCUAGUGUUUGGGGUAGAAUGCUAUGUUGUAAGUGUCUCUCAUCUCCUAUAGUUUGGGUAGAAUGCUAUGUUGUAAGUAUCUCUCAUCUCCUAUAGUUUGGGUAGAAUGUUAUGUUGUAAGUGUCUCUCAUCUCCUAUAGUUUGGGUAGAAUGCUAUGUUGUAAGUGUCUCUCAUCUCCUAUAGUUUGGGUAGAAUGCUAUGUUGUAAGUAUCUCUCAUCUCCUAUACUUUGGGUAGAAUGCUAUUUUGUAAGUAUCUCUCAUCUCCUAUAGUUUGGGUAGAAUGCUAUGUUGUAAGUAUCUCUCAUCUCCUAUAGUUUGGGUAGAAUGCUAUGUUGUAAGUGUCUCUCAUCUCCUAUAGUUUGGGUAGAAUGCUAUGUUGUAAGUAUCUCUUAUCUCCUAUAGUUUGGGUAGAAUGCUAUGUUGUAAGUAUCUCUCAUCUCCUAUAGUUUGGGUAGAAUGCUAUGUUGUAAGUGUCUCUCAUCUCCUAUAGUUUGGGUAGAAUGCUAUGUUGUAUUGAUUUCUAAUUGUUUGGAACUAUUUAAACCAUACGAUACGGUAUUCCUUCAACUUAUAUGACAAAGCAAGUUUAUAAAUUCGUUUUUCUGUUUGUAUCCAUCAAAAAGAAUUUUGUUGCUACAAAUUGAUAUAGAUUGAGGAGAAUUCAAUAACAAUUAUUUUUGGAAUUAAUACAUUGUUUAUUAUUUUCAGAUGAUGAGAUACAACAAGAAUAUUCCAGGUAAUUGUUUGAUUUAUCUAUGACAUUAGAACAUAAGAUAUUCAAAUCAAAUGAAAUUGUUUGAUUUAUCUAUGACAUUAGAACAUAAGAUAUUCAGAUCAAAUGAAAUUGUUUGAUUUAUCUAUGACAUUAGAACAUAAGAUACUCAAAUCAAAUGUAAUUAUUUCGUAAUUCAAUCAUUAGGGUCUACGUGAUUUCUGACACUCAUCAUUCAAUAAAUUCACAUUUCACUCUCUUUAUUAGUCUCUAUCUUUCACACUCUCUAUCUCUCGUUCUCUGACUGUGUCUCUUCUCUGUGUGUCUCUUCCUCUCUCUCUCUCUCUCUCUCUCUCUCUCUCUCUCUCUCUGUCUCUCCCUCCCCUGUCUUUCAUUAUUCCCCUCUUUCUUUAUGUCUCUUCAUCCUCUUUCUCUCUGUCUGUGCCUUCUCUCCCUCUCUUUCUCUUUCUGUCCCCUUUCUCUAUUUCUCUCCCUCUUCUCUAUAUGUCUAUCACCUCUGUGUGUAUGUCUGUCCCUUCUCCAUUCAAUUCUCCUCCAUCUAUCUCUUUAUGUCUCCCUCCUAUUUCUCUGUGUCUCACCUCUCUCUCUCGAUUUCUCUUUCUACGUUCUGUCUCUCUCAUUCUCCCCUCUAUCUCUCUAUGUCUCUCAUGCCUCUCUCUGCGUCUCCCAUCUCUCUCCCAUUCUCUCUCCCAUUCUCUCCAAUCUCUCUCUCUCUCUCUGUCUCUUCCCCUCUCUCUCUCUUUCUCUCACUCUAAUUCAUUCCCUCUCCCUCUGUCUCUCACCUAACUAUCAUAUUACCUAAUCUCUCUGUGUCUCUGCACCCUCUCUCCCCUCUUUCCCUGUGUGUGUUUCUCACUCCUAUCUCUCAUUCUCCUUCCUCUAUCACACUAUGUCUCUUCCUCCCUCUCCGUCUCUCACCUCUCUCUCUCUCUCUCUCUCUCACAUCUCUCUAUGUAUGUCUUCUCUAUUCUCUCUCAUUCCUCCCCCUCUCUGUCUCUCUUUUUUCCUUCUCUCUAUAUGCCUCUAAACUCUCUCUCUCUCUCUCUCUCUCUCUCUCUCUAUUGCUCGCUCUAUAUAUUUGUAUGACAUCAAAGAAAUUAAAAGAAAUCUGCAAAUACAUGUCAUGACAAUACGAUACAUGGAAGAUCUAUUAUGAGAAUUAUUUAUUCGUAAAAUGUCCUAGAGCUUUUAUUGCAACCAUCCAUUGCUCAGCAAAACUUCUACUCAACUAUGGAACACAUGUGUUGGCAAAAAGAUUAGAUUUUUUUUUAAUUUUUAAAUUUCAGUGCAACAAUCGUACUCUUCUCAGGAUGCCUACAGAUUUAGCCCUGUCAGUGCGCAUGUCAUAUUCAAAGCUCCUGAAACUAGAACAGGUGAGUUUUUGACACCAGCACUAUUGGGAAGUUAUCUCACAAGACAUGGGCGUGUCUCAAGAAAUAUUGGGAAUUUAUCUCACAAGACAUGGGCAUGUUUUAAGAAAUUUUGGGAAGUUAUCUCACAAGACAUUGGCGUGUCUUAAGAAAUAUUGGGAAGUUAUCUCACAAGACAUGGGUGUGUCUCAAGAAAUAUUGGGAAGUUAUCUCACAAGACAUGGGCGUGUCUCAAGAAAUAUUGGGAAUUUAUCUCAAAAGACAUGGGCAUGUUUAAAGAAAUUUUGGGAAGUUAUCUCACAAGACAUGGGCGUGUCUUAAGAAAUAUUGGGAAGUUAUCUCACAAGACAUGGGUGUGUCUCAAGAAAUAUUGGGAAGUUAUCUCACAAGACAUGGGCGUGUCUCAAGAAGUAUUGGGAAGUUAUCUCACAAGACAUGGGCGUGUCUUAAGAAAUAUUGGGAAGUUAUCUCACAAGACAUGGGCGUGUAUCAAGAAAACAAUGAAUUAACUGUCUUUUCGGGUGUGAAGACAAUCAUUGAGUCUAGAAACAGAGUACGUCACAUGCACUACUGUCUGGAUACGACUCCAAAUUAGAUAUGCGGGUUUAAAGGUUCUAUUUUUUAAUUUUUUUUUAUUUAUUUUUUUUUUUCAAAUUGAAGGACCCAAUAUUUAGGCAAGGAAACAACAUAAAACAUAUUGCUUCGUGUCAUACAUUUAGCAUACUUGGUACCUAGCAAUAAUAUCCAAGACCAAAACUUGUACACUUACAUUACUUUAUUCAUCUCUGCAUCCUUAGGUUCAUAUUUCUUAAUACAUGUGUAGCCCUUUACCUUUUUAUCAAGCUUAACCAUCAAAGUAGUUCAUAACUCAUAAUUCUUUGCCCACCUGUAGGCUCAUAACUCAUAACUCUUUGACAACCUAUAGGUUCAUAACUAUUUGCCAACCUGUAAGUUCAUAACUCUCAACUCUUUGCCAACCUGUAUGUUCAAAACUCAUAACUCUUUGCCAACCUGUAGGUUCAUAACUCAUAACUCUUUGGCAACCUAUAGGUUCAUAACUCUUUGCCAACCUGUAGGUUCAUAACUCAUAACUCUUUGGCAACCUAUAGGUUCAUAACUCUUUGCCAACCUGUAGGUUCAAAACUCAUAACUCUUUGCCAACCUGUAGGUUCAAAACUCAUAACUCUUUGCCAACCUGUAGGCUCAUAACUCAUAACUCUUUGCCAACCUGUGUGUUCAUAACGCUUAACUCUUUGCCAACCUGUAGGUUCAUAACUCAUAACUCUUUGCCAACCUGUGUGUUCAUAACUCUUAACUCUUUGCCAACCUGUAGGCUCAUAACGCAUAACUCUUUGCCAACCUGUGUGUUCAUAACUCUUAACUCUUUGCCAACCUGUAGGCUCAUAACUCAUAACUCUUUGCCAACCUGUGUGUUCAUAACUCUUAACUCUUUGCCAACCUGUAGGUUCAUAACUCAUAACUCUAUGCUAACCCCUAAACUCUGCAGACAUUCAAUUCGAAAAAAGCCACACCCUGAAGAUCGACACUCGGGUCAACUAUGACCGCAAAGACCGGACACACGUCCGUGAGGUCAUCGUGAGCAAUAACUCCAUGACCAUCCUACACACGGGCUGGUACUUUGUCUAUUCCAGCGUCUACUUCAGGCCGACACCAGACAGGAAGUGCAAGGAGUUUAAAUACCAGGUAGGGAAGGGAUAGCUUCGGGCAAAGCUUUUGAAACUAAUCUUGAUCAAGGGGAAGUGCACAUUAAAUGUGUUUGAGUAAGGACUUUUAAGAGGGUGGGGGGGGGGGGCCAAUUUUUUGCAACGUAAGAUUUUAAAAGAAGAUUUAUCUUUAUAGGAACUCUAGAUGAGGGGGUCUAGACUAGGGUGUGUAGACGAGUGUGUCUGGACGAGGAUUCUAGACGAUGGUGUCUAAACAAGUAUGUCUAGACUGUGUUGCCUAGACGAGAGGGUCUUUAAAAAAAACAGACUUAGAUUCUGAUUCUGAUAGACAACGUUGCUGCAACCAAGUCCUGGCAUAAGUGCAACGGUUUGGGAAACGAUGCUGCUAUCAGCUAUCCUAACGGCUCCUGGCGGGUGCCAGGGCAGCCUUGAAACUCUCGAGUGAUGUCGAGUCCACGGCGGCAUUGUCCAGUUGGUUCCAAGCAAUUAUUGUUCGUGGAAAGUAUGACUGUUUAUAUUGCACUGUGCUACACCGAGGUACAGUGAAGCAUUUACCAUUUUCUUGAUGUAACUGCUCAUUGAUUUGUCAGAGGUGAAGUCAGUGCAUCAAAAUUAGGGAUGUAUUAAAGGGUGAAGUAAACAAGAAAGUAACACCACAUUCCCAUAUUGAGAGGACUAAUGUACUUAACGUCAUAUUGUAUCUUCCACUCAGACAUGGGGUAAUUUCAUCAUGAGGCUCAGCCAGAACAGACCUGAUAAAUCAGGGUGUUUGACCAAAACUGCCCAGACCUGCUGUGACAAUUGUGAAACUGACCACCAGAGCAGCUACACAGGUAGGCAGUGAUUGUUUUCAUUAAGAUAUUUGACACAGUGAAAUGUGAAUUGUACGUGAAUAGCUUCAAGUCACAAAAUUUACUUGUGGGGGCUGGUAGUGGGUGGGGAACAAGACACUGAAAUAUAAUAGGAUUGGUCGGCGUUGUGUCUCUAAUAAUAAAAUAAAGAGUUUAACUAUGUGGAAACCAGAAGAGAUUGAGAGAGAGAGAGAGAGAGAGAGAGAGAGAGAGAGAGAGAGAGAGAGAGAGACUCAGCUGUGACAUUGCUGUUUCUAGCGCUGCAAUCCCUUUCUUAAAUUAAAAAUUUAGAAAAUAAUAUUUAAGGAAAUGCGUUCAAGACGUGUAAAAUAAAUAAAUAGUGGAACAUUCAAUGUUUAGAUUAAUAGUGGAACAUAAUAUGUUUAGAUAAAUAGUGGAAAAUAAUAUGUUUAGAUUAAUAGUGGAAAAUGUUAUUAGAUAAAUAGUGGAAUAUUCAAUGUUUAGAUAAAUAGGGGAACAUAAUAUGUUUAGAUUAAUAGUGGGAUAUGUAAUGCUUAGAUAAAUAGUGGAACAUGAUAUGUUUAGAUAAAUAGUGGAACAUAAUAUGUUUAGAUAUAUAGUGGAAAAUGAUACAUUUAGAUAAGUAGUGGAACAUAAUAUGUUUAGAUAAAUAGUUGAACAUUCAAUGUUUAUAUAAAUAGUGGAACAUAAUAUGUUUAGAUAAAUAGUUGAACAUUCAAUGUUUAGAUAAAUAGUGGAACAUAAUAUGUUUAGAUAAAUAGUUGAACAUAAUAUGUUUAGAUAAAUAGUUGAACAUUCAAUGUUUAGAUAAAUAGUGGAACAUAAUAUGUUUAGAUAAAUAGUUGAACAUUCAAUGUUUAGAUAAAUAGUGGAACAUAAUAUGUUUAGAUAAAUAGUGGAACAUAAUAUGUUUCGAUUAAUAGUGGAAUAUGAUAUAGUGGAACAUGAUAUUUUUAGAUAAAUAGUGUAACAUUCGAUGUUUAGAUAAAUAUUGGAACAUGAUAUGUUUAGAUAAAUAGUGGAACAUGAUAUGUUUAGAUAAAUGGUGGAACAUGAUAUAUUUUGGCUUGAAUUGAAAAGACAGGAACUAUCUUGUUGCACCAAUGCUUAUCAUUAUGUCGUCUACAUAUUUGAAUUAUCAAUUCAAUUUUAACCGUAAAAUAUUUAUAAAAGUAGACUAAAUAUAAAAUGUUAUCUUAAUUCAGAAUACUAAUAUUUCAAAUUAAAUUAUACUGGUAAUGUUAUUUGGUUUCACUAAAAUUAAUAAAUAAAAUGCCUAAAUUGUAAAUAUUCGUAGAUAAAUUAUAUACAGAAAUGUUGGAUUUUUAAAUGAGAAUCUUAAAAUAAAAUAAAAAAUUUCAUAUGAUGAAUGUUGAUUACUUUGUGUCUGAUAGGUGGAGUGUUCAGCUUGUCUCAGGGCGACUCAAUCUAUGUGGAGAUAUCUGGGGAUGGCUUGGUCAAAUAUGACGAAGAAGCCACCUUCAUGGGCCUGGUGAUGUUAGGCAGUAACUAGAGCAAGAAGAAAUUGAUGUAACAGAAACAUGUCAAACGUCUAGGACCACUUCUUCAUCGUUUGUUUGAAGAUGCUUUGAAGUACUUGAAAUGACUGCAUCUUACAUCAAACUUCAUAUCUGACUAGAAUAAUGUCAUACCCGUAUUUAUUAUUUGGAGAUACUGCACAGUCUAGAGAAGUGCGUCUGCAUGUUACAGUACAAUACUUGCCUGUGAUGGUGUGGAGUUUUUGGACAGCAGCUAGAGCAAUGAGACUGAAUAUUAAAGUAACAUACUUGCCUGGCACGUAUAACUGCUGUUCCUCAUUCGAAAUCAAACAUGACCACUUAAAUCAUCCAUAUGUCCUAGUUCUGAACUUGAUGGCUAAUGCACAGAUGGAUAAUGAGACUAAUUCCAGCACGGAAUGUUCAUGUGCAGUAAGUGCAUUGGAUUGAUGGGACAUCUUUAGGUGAAGAAGAAUUACCCAGGCUGUUGGAUUUUCGGGCAUGUCUUUUGUUGGCUGAAGAGUUUUUCUGUUAGCUUCAUUGUGCAUGGAGCCUUUGAUUACAGAGGAACACCAUGGUGAUUGAUUACAGAGGAACACCAUGGUGAUUGAUUACAGAGGAACACCAUGGUGAUUGAUUACAGAGGAACACCAUGGUGAUUGAUUCUUUGCCGAUUCUUGCGAUGUUCCCAGGUUUAUAGCCAAUGCUUUCAGUCAGGCUUGAAGGUUGUCUCUAAAGCGUUUCUUAUGACACCAGCAAUACACCUUCCAUGCUAGAGCUCACCAUAGAAUAUUCUUCUAAGCAAGCGGUCUUUUGACAUUAUCAUAAUAUGUGCCGCACAGCAAAGAUGUUUGGGAUAUCUGCCUGUGCAAGAACUUCAGUGUCUGGGACCCUGUCCUGCCAUUUGAUGUUGAGGAUUUCUUUGAUGCUUGUCCUAUGAAAUAUUAACAUUCUUGCAAGGCUUUUAUAGACUGUCCACGUUUCACAGUCAUACAUAAGCCUACGGAGCUCAACAGCCAUGUAGCCUCUUGAGGUAGGCCUACCAUAAGUUUGGUAUCUGAUACCAAUGCCAACCAACAUCUUUGGCAGCAAAAGGUGUGGGUAGGUGCUAACGACAUAAAAUGCAUCAAACCAAAGAGUAAUAUAGUUGAUCUAUAAGUGCUCUGCUCAUAAUGACAACAAAGUUGUACAAUAAGCGGCAGCUAGUUAAACAAUAAUAAAGUACCCCAUGCAAAGAUGCUAUUAUUCCUAGGCGCUGGUGUGUCAUAUAUCAAUGUGAUGCAGUCUGUAUUGAACUGUAUACAUUUUUUUAAAAACGCAUAAGAUUGUUUAUUAAAAAUGUUUUUCGAAAAGGAAAUGAAUGACUAUUGGAUGAAUGACUAUUGGAUGAAUGACUAUUGGAUGAAUGACUAUUGGAUGAAUGACUAUUGGAUGAAUGACUAUUGGAUGAAUGACUAUUGGAUGAAUGACUAUUGGAUGAAUGACUAUUGGGUUAGUUGUCUUGACCUGAUUACAGCUUUUUUGUUCUAUAUUCAUUUAAUUGUAGAUUUUUGUAUAUGUGUAAAUAGAAUUAUACCUAACUCUUUGCAUUAUUAAAGUCACAAUUUUUGAUUUAAAAAAGUACUGACGGCCAAUGCAAUGGCAACCUGAAGUACUGACAGUCAAUGCAAUGGCAACCAGAAGUACCGACAAUCAAUGCAAUGGCAACCAGAAGUACCCAGUCAAUGCAAUGGCAACCAGAUGUCAUGACAGUCAUUGCAAUGGCAACCAGAAGUCCUGACAGUCAAUGCAAUGGCAACCAUAAGUCCUGACAGUCAAUGUAAUAGCAACCUGAAGUCCUGACAGUCAAUGCAAUUACAGCCAUAAAUCCUGACAGUCAAUGCAAUUACAGCCAGAAGUCCUGACAGUCAAUGCAAUGACAACCAUAAGUCCUGACAGUCAAUGUAAUUACAGCCAUAAGUCCUGACAGUCAAUGUUUUUACUGUGUGUUGUACCCUGGGUCAGUGAAAUGUAAAAAUAAUAAUAAUAAGCAUCAUUUUAAAUGUAAGUACUCUUAUUAACUGACUACCAUCUCAACAAACAUUUUCUUAUUUAGCCUAAUAAAAGUAAGUGACUGUUAUUUAUCAAAUGUUUCGUAACAAUACAAGUAUGUAAUUAUCAUAACAAAUCGACUGUGAUUGUUGAUAUCAACUCCUUUCAUUUGUCCGGUAACUUGAUCCAGGGUAACGAAGAACUAAGAGUGCCAACCUAGUGGGAAGAUUUUUUUGAUUGAUGAUUUGAAAUUGUGUGAAAAUAUCCUCUGGUCAAAAUAAGCCCUGUGUGUCCCUGAUCAAAAUAAGCUCUCUAUGUACCUGGUCAAGAAUAAACUCUCUAUGUACAUAAUGAGGAAUAAACAUUAUCUCAUAAAUCAUGACAAUUACUUUCGAAACGGCGCAGUCCACUCAUUUGAUUGUUCCAUAACUUGGCUGUUUCAAGCCGGGUGUGUGUUUGAAUGUUUGUGAUAGAGAUGGCCAGUGGUCAUGUUAUAUAUAAGCAUGAGAAAAAAACAUACAUGGAUCAAAAUAAGAUUUUACUUGUCUGAAAACAGUAGUAAAACGAUGGAU